CCCAAACGCUCAUCUACUCUUUUCUUCGAUAAUGUCCCCAUUGCCGCAUGGUGAUGCCACUGUGCUGUGGGUUGUCAGCUAAUCUAGGGCACACCGCACUUCUUCACAUCUGUCCUCAUAGCCACCUCCUCAAUUGCCUUCCUUUGCUCCUUCCUUCAACCCCCCGUCCCACCCGCCCAACAUGCGCGGCUAUGCACGCCUCCCAGACUUUCUUACUCUUCUCGCAAGCGUCGCUCUUGUCGCUUCAACACCUCAGCUGUGCUACACCGACGUCGACAAACUCGCACCCAAGUAUAUCGUGCCCUGCUGGACCAGCAACACCACUCCGCAUUACUCGUGCUGCAAGGCCGGCGACAAAUGCUUAGAGCAUAAUGCCUGCUACGAUUCGGGCACUGGCAAUACGUAUCAGUACGGGUGCACGGAUUCGGCGUAUGCGGAUUCGAGUGUCUGUCCUUCGAAGUGCGACCUUAAUCGAGAGACAACGAAUUGGGUGGGGCUGGUAUAUUGCAAUGGCACCCAUGGGCUGCCAGGUGAUACAUGGGUGUGCAAUCACCCAGAUAAUUGUCGUGACUGUCCGACGCACACGCCAUGGGAUCCAAAGUUGGAGAAGCUAUCCGAAACACAUUGCGAGGACCUAGCGCACGAUGACCAGUACGUCGCUUUUAAAGAAGUAGGGACAAUCUCGGAUAUGCGGCAGCUUCCGGAGGAAACCGAACUUCCAAGCUAUUUCUCCUUGAAUUCCGACAGAUGGGUUACGACGGCGAUAUCCAGCGGAGCCAGUACAGCGACGACGGGCGGUUCCGGUACGGACACAGCAGCGCCGUCCACAACAGAUCACUCUCACUCAAGUUUGCCUGCUCGUCCUCCCGCUACAGACACCGCAAGCUCGCCUACACCAGUUCCCAAGGGCCAUACAAUGGCUAUAGCAAUCGGCUUGGGCGUGGGAGUUCCAGUGCUCCUAGCAAUUGUUGGCAUUUUGAUAUACGUCUGUCGCAGACGUCGGGACCGGUCGAACGCUGAAAGGCAAAGAGAUGGAUCGCCACGUGCGGACCCGCUCGACUAUCCGCACAAAUCAGGGUGGAAGGCGGAGCUACCGGUCGAGGACAGGCGAAUCUAUGAGGCUCCUGAUACGCCAUCGCAAGUGACCGAAAUGGAAGGUUCCACUGUCGGCGAGCAGACACCGCUUCAAUCGCCUUUUGUAUCGCCUCUUCUGUCGCAGUACUCUGAUAGUGGUGACGCACGCGAGCACCGAGUGUCCGCUAUCCAGAGCCAUCGCAUUUCCGAGUUGCCUGGCUAGGGCGGCUUUCCAGACCAACACCAGUCCUCAAGUCGAGCUUGUACUGCGGGGUUCUCGAUUUGAAAUGACGCUGUCUCUGACGGGGAGAAGUAUCCUUUCGAUGGGCCUUCAGGCGUGCCCAGAUGGUCGAGAUUUUUUCGAAGAAAGCUUAUGUUGGUAAGCUUGCGUGCUGAUUUCCGAGGGCAAACGAAGGGUCGGCGAUGGUGCACUCUAGGGGAACACGAGGAGCGGUGUAGGAGGAGGCAUAGUGAGUAAGGUAGCAUACUGUCGAGUCCGAAAAAGAGCAGAGGAAGGGUCCGGCACACGACCCCGAUACAACAGUUCCAGUUGCUGAAGCUCAGGAGCUCCUUUACCCCGCGAUACCAACUGCACUAGCAAGAGCUCCAGAGCUUCCCCGCACUCGGACCCGUAUUGAAGGUUUGA